GUCCCCCUUUAAGGUUUUAGGUCCAGAACUCCAAGAGUAGGUGGAUUCCCUCGAUCAAAUUUCCAUUCUGUCGACAUCAUCACGAGGAAGAAGCGAAACUGCCUGCAAGCGAGGGUCGCUGGAAACAGAGUAGCCGUGAAGAAGUGAUCCGGUGCUCAAUGAGAGGGCUGUCAAAAGACUUACGUCGUAGGAGUCGGAUGGGGCCUAAGAUCGAGAAAAAGCCAGAUGGCUUUUUCUCGAUCUUAGGAGAUCUCGAUCUUAGGAGCCAAGUGAAACGACUCAAAGAUAUCGCUAGAGGGGAGCGCGUUCCGGACAAGCUUUCAGAGAUAAAAGAUAAUUCUGAGUUUUCUUUAGCCGCAUGUAGCGAAACAACCGCAAAAUUGUAUCUCGAACGACGACUCAAAGAUAUCGCUAGAGGGGAGCGCGUUCCGGACAAGCUUUCAGAGAUAAAAGAUAAUUCUGAGUUUUCUUUAGCCGCAUGUAGCGAAACAACCGCAAAAUUGUAUCUCGAACGCAUGUUUCCCGUGCCCCCCCCUGGAACCGAGUUUAAUGAUUUUAUUGAGUUUAUUGACUUACAAGAUUUUAGGAGCGACUGGUAUGUGCUUUGGUUUGAGCUAAAACCCCUUGAUUUUAAUGAUUUUGUUUGCUUUCAAUCUGGGGAGGCCGUGCCCCACCCUGCCCCGCCCUGUAGCUCCGCCUCUGGCCGGAAGGCCAGUGAAUCGAAUAGGAGAGUCUCGUUCUUUACCUGUGCAGGAGACUCUAAAUUAAAAGCGGAGGCAGACCCCAGUGUAGAUGGUGAAGACGUGAAACAACUCCGAGAUGUCGCUGCCAAGAACUGCGUUGGCCAUGGCGGAGCCAGAGAAAUAUCUGAUUCUCGUGCCUGGCGUUUGAGGAGGGAGGACGAGAUCUCCCAGCUUCACCCUGAAUUAAAAGCGGAGGCAGACCUUAGUGUAGAUGGUGAAGACGUGAAACAACUCCGAGAUGUCGCUGCCAAGAACUGCGUUGGCCAUGGCGGAGCCAGAGAAAUAUCUGAUUCUCGUGCCUGGCGUUUGAGUAGGGACGAGAUCUCCCAGCUUCACCUUGAAUUAAAAGCGGAGGCAGACCUUAGUGUAGAUGGUGAAGACGUGAAACAACUCCGAGAUGUCGCUGCCAAGAACUGCGUUGGCCAUGGCGGAGCCAGAGAAAUAUCUGAUUCUCGUGCCUGGCGUUUGAGGAGGGAGGACGAGAUCUCCCAGCUUCACCCUGAAUUAAAAGCGGAGGCAGACCUUAGUGUAGAUGGUGAAGACGUGAAACAACUCCGAGAUGUCGCUGCCAAGAACUGCGUUGGCCAUGGCGGAGCCAGAGAAAUAUCUGAUUCUCGUGCCUGGCGUUUGAGGAGGGAGGACGAGAUCUCCCAGCUUCACCCUGAAUUAAAUGCGGAGGCAGACCUUAGUGUAGAUGGUGAAGACGUGAAACAACUCCGAGAUGUCGCUGCCAAGAACUGCGUUGGCCAUGGCGGAGCCAGAGAAAUAUCUGAUUCUCGUGCCUGGCGUUUGAGGAGGGAGGACGAGAUCUCCCAGCUUCACCCUGAAUUAAAAGCGGAGGCAGACCUUAGUGUAGAUGGUGAAGACGUGAAACAACUCCGAGAUGUCGCUGCCAAGAACUGCGUUGGCCAUGGCGGAGCCAGAGAAAUAUCUGAUUCUCGUGCCUGGCGUUUGAGGAGGGAGGACGAGAUCUCCCAGCUUCACCCUGAAUUAAAAGCGGAGGCAGACCCCAGUGUAGAUGGAUCCAUCGACAAGGCGACAUAUGCAGAUCGAAAUUGCUGCGAACGCCCCGGCAAAGGUCGAAACAGCGAGCAGAACAUAUUUUCCAGAUUUGUCACCCAAUGGAAACGCUUUCGGUCUUCAGCUGGAUGCGGAUCUUGUAGCGAAGCUGGUUUUUCAGAGGUAUUUAGUUCUGCUGGGCCGCUUGGAGCUCAUGUUCAUGUAGAUUCUGAUAUGAGAGAUGCGCAGGCAGGGUAAAGGGUCUCACCUCAAUCUCUAGAAAUAAUGACCCUUCGGAUCCUAAAGGUUAGGAUCCGAAGAGGUGUUUAGGGUUAAAGACCUAAACCCUAAACCUCGUGGUCGGAUGCCCUCUUUGUAACAUGUGUCAAUUUUUGCUGGUUGAAAAAAUUAAAAUUAUUCUCU